GAAACCCAGCAGCAGCAGCAGGACACGACCUGCGGUGCCUCAUCUCUCACGGAGGAGAUCCCGAAAGAAACCCCCCUCCCGCCUCUACACACACAGCCAUGGCAGACAACGCCGGCUUGGAAAACCACCGCAUCAAGAGCUUUAAGAACAAGGGGCGAGAUGUCGAGACUAUGCGAAGGCAUCGAAAUGAGGUGACGGUCGAGUUGAGAAAGAAUAAACGAGACGAACAUCUACUGAAGAAGAGAAACGUCCCACAGGAGGAGAGUCUGGAGGACUCUGAUGUCGAUUCAGACUUCAAAGGGCAAAACGUUACACUAGAUGCCAUCUUACAGAACGCAACCAGCGAGAAUGCGGUCAUCCAGCUCAGUGCUGUGCAGGCAGCCAGAAAACUGCUCUCCAGUGACAGAAACCCCCCCAUUGACGACUUGAUAAAAUCUGGCAUCCUGCCCAUUUUAGUCAAUUGCCUGGAAAGAGACGACAACCCCUCUCUUCAGUUCGAGGCAGCUUGGGCUCUGACCAACAUUGCCUCUGGGACGUCGGCACAGACUCAAGCUGUGGUUAAAUCCAAUGCAGUGCCGUUGUUCUUGCGACUGCUACGCUCUCCCCACCAGAACGUAUGUGAACAGGCUGUCUGGGCGUUGGGAAACAUUAUAGGUGAUGGCCCACAGUGCAGGGAUUACGUCAUCUCCCUGGGUGUGGUCAAGCCGCUGCUGUCCUUCAUCAACCCUUCCAUCCCCAUCACCUUCCUACGCAACGUCACGUGGGUCAUCGUUAACCUCUGCCGCAAUAAGGACCCACCCCCGCCCAUGGAGACGGUGCAAGAGAUUUUGCCUGCCCUCCGUGUGCUAAUACAUCACACAGAUAUAAAUAUUCUCGUUGACACAGUGUGGGCUUUAUCCUACCUGACGGACGGCGGCAACGAGCAGAUCCAGAUGGUCAUUGACUCUGAUGUUGUCCCACAUCUUGUGCCUCUCCUUAGCCACCAGGAGGUGAAAGUGCAGACAGCAGCUUUGCGGGCGGUGGGAAACAUUGUAACUGGCACCGACGAGCAAACACAAGUUGUUCUGAACUGCGAGGUCCUCAGAUACUUCCCCAACUUGCUCACACACCCAAAAGAAAAGAUCAAUAAGGAAGCAGUCUGGUUCCUGUCCAACAUUACAGCUGGGAACCAGCAGCAGGUCCAAGCUGUGAUCGACGCCGGGCUCAUCCCCAUGAUCAUUCACCAACUGGCCAAGGGGGACUUUGGGACUCAGAAGGAGGCAGCAUGGGCCAUCAGCAACCUCACCAUCAGUGGAAGGAAAGACCAGGUGGAAUACCUGGUGGAACAGAACGUCAUCCCUCCCUUCUGUAACCUGAUGCUAGUCAAAGAUCCUCAGGUGGUGCAGGUGGUCCUGGACGGCCUCAAGAACAUCCUCAUCAUGGUGGGUGACGAAGCCAGCACCAUCGCUGAGAUCAUCGAGGAGUGCGGAGGCUUGGAGAAGAUUGAGAGCUUGCAGCAACAUGAAAAUGAGGACAUCUACAAGCUAGCCUUUGAGAUUAUUGAUCAGUACUUUUCAGGAGAUGAUAUCGAUGAAGAUUCCAGCUUGAUCCCUGAGAGCACUCAAGGAGGAACCUUCAACUUUGACCCUGCUUCCAACAUGCAAACAAAGGAGUUUAAUUUCUAAAAAAGAGGGAAAAAAAGCCAGGAUGUUUGCUUCAACCAGCUGCACGGGUACUCUGUAAAUCCCCUUUUCUUCCUCUUCCCAGCACACACUGACAUUCAUCCAGCUCUGCUCCCAACCUGGAUGCAUCCCUUCAACAUGGAUCCUCACAGUCACACUGAGGGAUUAUUUCAGUACCCUUGCACUGAGGGCUGCUGCGUUUUUGUUUUUUAAAAAUCACCAUCUGGCAACUUGCACCACAACAAAGUUUGUCUUCUUUUCUCUGUCAUAUCACACAAUGGCAACAGUCUUCACAAGCACACUUUAAACACACAUUCUGACAAUUCACCAAGCCAUCAUGUCACUAAUGGGGGAGAAUUACUGCUGUUUUUCUUUUUGUUUUUGUGCUUUUCCCACCACACCCACUCUUAGCAUCUUCCUGGCCCCCUCCUCACUCCACAGCUAAGCCAUGAUUAACCCCCUCCCUUCCCACUCCACUAAGGGUGAAACAGCUCCACAUGGCAGUCUUUUUUUUUUUUUUUUUUUUUUUAAUUUUUUAAAAUGAAACUUCUUCAUGAUGUCGCUUUUUUUCCACUUUUAAUUGACUUAGCCCUUCCCUCCCCCUAAAAAAUGCAAGUUAAUGUCAUUAUUCUAUGUAAAAAAGUGAACUGAUAAGAGGUUGUUUGACAAGUGCAGAGACUUCCUGUCACAUGUCUACUGUAGGACACUUUGUUCAUGACUCCCCUCCAAUGUGAAACUCGCUGGCAUUUUUUGGGGAGGACGGCAGCAGUGCAGUUUUUUAACUGACCUGAAUCUGAUCAUUUAGACGUUUUUGGUUAUGUGUUUUGAAACAUUAUUUUCUUAAAAAUUUUACUUCACAAUGUGGUCAGUUGUGGUUGGAGCUUCCGCAACAUUUUUGUUUGGACCUUUUCUCCCUCUCUUCAGUCUUACUCCAACAUCUGGAAACGUACAAAGGAGUCUUAGGGCCACGCUGACAAGACAAAAAUGUUACAAUUACAACAAAAAGGUGUAACGUUAUGAUAAUAAUGUGGUAAUGUAACAAGGAACUGUUAUAGCUGAAAUUAUUUUUUUUUAUGUCACAUUACGAGGAAAAGAAAGUUGGAAAUGUAUGCGGGAAAAGUCAGGUUUUUGCAAGAAAUGAGUCGUUCUGUUUUGAAAGUAGAACGUCAUAAUGUUACGCGAUAAAAGUUCUAACAUUGCCUUAACCAAAUCAUGAUAUGAUUGAAAACUAGUCACUAUUUUAAAAAAAAUGUCAAAAAUUGUAACAGUGAGAAGUUGAGUAACAGGAGUAAAAAAAAAUGCAAUUUUCUUGUGAAAAAGUUGCAGUUUUAUUAGAAUAAAGUCAGAAUGUUCAGAAAAAGAUUUAUAGUUCAACAUGACUAAAGUAUUUUUUUUAGGUUAAAAUAGCUUUUUUUUUCUUAAGCUAAGACUUUAUCUCGUUAAAUGUUUUAUUUGUAAUACGGCUUUUUUCUAUUAAACUAAAAGACUUUAUUCUUGUUUCUACAUCCUGUCUUACACCAAUGUUUAAAGGAGUCUUAGGGCCACACUGACCAGACAAAAAUGUGUAACGUUGUGAGAAUAGCAUUGUAAUAUUACGGGCAAAAACAUUGUAAUAUUUUAAACAUGCGAGGAAUAAAAAAAAAAAAGCCGAAAAGGUUUAGAGCACCAAGUCUCAUUGUUACUAAAGUAAAGUUUUAAUAUCACAAGAAUUAAUUGGAGAUUCUAAAUUGUCCUUUGGUGUGAAUGAUGUGCCCUGUGAUUGGCUUGCGACCAGUCCAGGGUGUACCCUGCUUUCACCCGAAGUUAGCCUUCGACGCCAUCAUACCCCCGCAACCAUGGUGAGGAUAAUCGGCGUAGAAAAUGGAUGAAUGGAUGGAAAAACAAAGUCAUAUCACGGCAUGAAGUUAUAACGUUAUGAGAACAAAUCAUGAGAUUAUGAGAAACAAGUCCAAAUUUUAUGUUAUUAGAACAAAGUCACAAUAUCGCGAGUACAAAUUUGCAAUAUUAAAGAGCUGAAGUUGCAUUUUUUUUUGUGAAAAGGCAAUGUUACCAGAAUGGUUGGCGUAUUCAUAGAAAGACUUGUAACUGAACAGGAAGAUUUUUUGCGUACAUUUAUGACUUUAUUCUUGUCAUACUAGUGUUUUAUUUCCACACACCACACACCCUUAUUUCCACGCACCCUAGAAAUAGGGUUUCAUUAUUCUUCAAAUGCUUUU